AUGUUCAAUAACAGGCACUGGGUAUUCCAACAAGAUUCGGCGCCAGCUCAUAGAGCGAAGAGCACACAAGACUGGCUGGCGGCGCGUGAAAUCGACUUCAUCCGGCACGAAGACUGGCCCUCCUCCAGUCCAGAUUUGAAUCCGUUAGAUUACAAGAUAUGGCAACACUUGGAGGAAAAGGCGUGCUCAAAGCCUCAUCCCAAUUUGGAGUAA